AAGAUAGAUAUAUAACCAAAGAAAAAAAAAGUCUCUUCCAAAAAUGGCAAUUAGGGUUUCCUACAAGUCUUUCCUCGCCGCACUUCUUCUCAUACUCUUCAUUUGUUCUCCUACUCAAGCACGAAGCUUACGAGAAAUCGUGAGGAAUAGAACGCUAUUGGUUGUGGAGAAGGGUCAAGCGAGUCGGAAAAUAAGGCACGAAGGUGGAGGAAGUGAUGUUGAUGGAUUGGUGGAUAUGGAUUAUAAUUCUGCGAACAAGAAAAGACCAAUACACAAUCGCUAAUAAACACACAUGAGAGCUUGUCGAAUUCUUGUGAGAUAUCCUGAGAUCCAAAGAUAUCCCGAGAUUUUAUCUUUU